CGGGAGUGAGGGGUCCUUUUGGGCAGGACCCGCCCCUUGGUCACGUCUAGUCCAGGCACUUGGGUUAAAACCUUGCUUGCCCGCAGCGAGAGCCGGAGAGGACUGAGGCUAAGAUUUCAGAAUGACUUCCAUCUUGACUUACACGCUUAAAAAUCUUCCCAGUACAUCAAAAUGGGCCCUCAGAUUUUCUUUAAGACCUCUAAGCUGUUCCUCCCAGCUACGAGCUGCCCCAGCCGCCCAGACCAAGUCGAAGAAAACCUUAGCCAAACCCAAUAUAAGGAAUAUUGUGGUGGUGGAGGGUGUUCGCAUUCCAUUUUUGCAGUCGGGCACUUCAUAUAAGGAACUGAUGCCACAUGAUUUGGCUAGAGCAGCACUUUUGGGUUUGCUGCAUCGGACCAAUGUCCCGAAGGAUGUUGUUGAUUAUAUCAUCUUUGGCACGGUUAUACAGGAAGUGAAGACUAGCAAUGUGGCUAGAGAGGCUGCCCUGGGAGCUGGCUUCUCUGACAAGACUCCUGCUCACACUGUCACCAUGGCUUGCAUCUCUGCCAACCAAGCCAUGACCACAGGUGUUGGCUUGAUCGCCUCUGGGCAGUGCGAUGUGGUCGUGGCAGGUGGUGUAGAGUUAAUGUCUGAUGUCCCUAUUCGUCAUUCAAGGAAAAUGAGGAAGAUGUUGCUUGAUCUCAAUAAGGCCAAGACUCUGGGUCAGCGGCUGUCUUUAAUCUCUAAAUUCAGAUUGAAUUUCCUGUCACCUGAGCUCCCUGCGGUGGCCGAGUUCUCCACCAGUGAGACCAUGGGCCACUCUGCAGACCGACUGGCCGCUGCCUUUGCUGUUUCUCGACUGGACCAGGAUGAGUACGCGCUGCGCUCUCACAGCCUGGCCAAGAAGGCCCAGGAUGAAGGACUCCUGUCUGAUGUCGUGCCCUUCAAAGUACCAGGAAAAGAUACAGUUACCAAAGAUAAUGGCAUUCGUCCUUCGUCUCUGGAGCAGAUGGCCAAACUAAAACCUGCAUUCGUCAAGCCCUAUGGCACAGUGACGGCUGCAAAUUCUUCUUUCCUGACUGAUGGUGCAUCUGCAAUGCUGAUAAUGGCAGAGGAGAAAGCUCUGGCCAUGGGUUACAAGCCAAAGGCAUAUUUGAGGGAUUUUGUGUAUGUGUCUCAGGAUCCAAAAGAUCAACUUUUACUUGGACCAACUUACGCUACUCCAAAAGUUCUGGAAAGGGCAGGAUUAACAAUGACUGAUAUCGAUGCUUUUGAAUUUCAUGAAGCAUUCUCAGGUCAGAUUUUGGCUAAUUUUAAAGCCAUGGAUUCUGAUUGGUUUGCGCAAAAUUACAUGGGUAGAAAAACCAAGGUUGGGUCACCUCCUUUGGAGAAGUUUAACAACUGGGGUGGAUCGCUGUCCCUGGGACACCCAUUUGGAGCUACUGGCUGCCGGUUGGUCAUGGCAGCUGCCAACAGAUUACGGAAGGAGGGAGGCCAGUAUGGCUUGGUGGCUGCCUGUGCCGCUGGAGGGCAGGGCCAUGCGAUGAUAGUGGAAGCUUAUCCAAAAUAAUAAGGAGAGGUGACCUGGAGUUUCUGCGCAACACUCGCACUAGGCAAUGCCAUUCCAAUGCAUUACUAACUGACAUCCUUAGUUCCUAUCUCCUCUUAGGAAAAGACAAUUUGUGGCCUUCUGUUCAAUACUUUGCAAUUAAGCCUUGCUAGUAUUCUGAGCUUUUCAGUAAUCACGGCUUACUACUCUUUCAGGGAUUUCUUAAUCAGCAGAAUCUCUCAGUGUUAUGUUUAAACAGUUGUUUGGGGGCUCUAUUUUCAUUAAAUACUUAAAUGAGUGGUUGCAGUUCAGGAGAGAGGUUCUCUGAGAUUUGGAAUCAUCUUUGUAACAUUUGCAAAGUAUACUCCUUCCUAUUUGUGACCUAAAGAUGCGUGUUUUCUAUAAAAUACAAACCAAUGUGCCUAAAGAAACUUAAUUAUGGAAAGGUAAUUCAGAGUUUAAAUUUCACUGAAAACUUACAGUAAAUGUUUAGAUAUAUAAGUACCCUGUUACACUUAAUAAAGUGAGGGAGUAUUGAA